GUGCUCUAAUUCGAAUGAGCUAUUCCUUCUCUUCUACUAUUUUUAGCAAGUUGGACCAUGAGUGUUGGGAUUUCCAAACUUUCGUUAAUAUUUCGAUCCAAAACUUAUUUCCUUCCACAAUCUUAUUAUCUUAGGUUAGUAAAACACUCUAGGAUGCUCUAAAAUUAUAUCGGGUAGUACCUCCCAGUAUAGUUCUCCUUUCGUUCCGCUGGUCUUUGUCAUAUUCCCCCUUUUAGAUGUCCCAAAAAAUAUCCUCAUUUAUCUUUUUCAACAAACAAAAAUAUGGUAAAAGACCUCGUCGUCCUAAAGUUUAAAAAUAUCCCUUCCAUAUGUGUGUACACUUUAAAACACACCCCAACCCCUUUGCCAGAUCAUCUUUUUCCUUACUCUCACUUCUCUCCUCACUUGCCCUUUGUCUUUCUACUCAGUCUUUUAUUUCUAUGGACACUUACCCUCCAAACUCACUCAGCUUUUGGUCUAUCAUUUCAGAAAGCACCACUACCCUACGAAGAUGAUGACAGAGAUCUUUCCGGAGAAAGAAGAACGGAUGGUGAUAUGUCGAGAAACUCAAGCCUCCUCCCAUAUGCUAAAUUCGAAGGAAGAAGAUGAUGAUGUUCAACAUACUCACGAAGAACAAGUUGAAAACAGAUUCUAGAUUCAUAAAGUCAUCCUCAGGAUUACAAAAACAAAUAGGGACCCGUACCUUCAAAAAUCAAUUGAUCACUUCAUAAAUAUUUACCUCCCUAGUUGGGAUUCAUGCAUUACAGAUAGGUAAAAAAUACUAUUUACUAUUAUGUUAUGUGAAAACAUAUUGUUUGAUUGUUGCAAUUUGAGAAUUUUGACUGAUUUGUUUCCAGAUUACUGUUUGAUCAUUUAUUAGUUAAAGUUGAGUUUUAGCAUUCUCAAAUGUAAUAAGAGGUGAAUUUUGCAUAAUG